GGUAUCUCCUUGAAGACACCUUUCAGUCCCUAUUUUUGCAUCGUUUCCUCGCUACUCGAUGCUCUGAGUCCUUUCUGUUUUGCCGACUCAAGUAUUCAAUCCAAUGAACGACAUUUCCGAUACAACCUCGUUACCGAUACCGGAUACUGUCGCGCCCACCAUUGACAGCGCCGCGGGCCCAACGCAAGCGAGUCGCGACGCUUCCCCAGGCGUAGACACAAACAGCGAGGAUCAGCGAGACGUCGAGGCCAUGCUUAUCGACUCCAAAGACACAGAAGUGGACGUGUCUGCAGAUAUCCGUCCUACUGUUGGCGGUAAGACAUGCUAUGCUGUACCAGUUGAGAACGACAAUCCCGACUCCCAAGACGCUGCUACACCUCGCAGUCGCGCUACCUCGCCACCGUCCGACUCCCAUCCUUCCGUUGGCGGUAAGACCUACUAUGUGGUACCACUCCGACGCCAGGAGUCCGAAUCCACCAUUCUGUCUGAAGAAGGUCUCACCGAACCUCAGGAACGCGCCUCAGUCGGUGGCAAAACGUGGAUACCUUCUGUGCCUCCUGCAAGUCCUGAAAGGGAGGAUGCGCAAGCAGAUGGUGCCGACUCAGGACUCCCUUUGAACGGGGAGACGCGGAUGCCUUCUAUGCCACCACCGACCUCAGAGACUCCGCCAAGACCGUCGCUUGGAGGUAAAACGUGGACACCUUCAAUACCAACUGUUCUCUCAGGGGAAGAAGUUCUUUCACCUGAAGCGUCCACGUUACCUGAAAAGACGACCAGUGGCGGCUCUGAGAAUAUAGACAUCGACAUGGAGAAUACGACUGAACAGGAAGAUGAACAUGAUGACGACGACGAGUCAGUAUUAUCUGAUGGAGGGGACUUGAGGGAAGAAUUUGAAGCUGCCAUGGGUGGCGAUUUCGCCUUCAAAGGUUCAUACGCAUACAGCGGUCCAUUCCCACAGGCUCCCAAUCCGUGCCUUGCCAUCGAGGGUAUUGGCCCCAUAGGUCUUCCCUUGAGCCCUCGGGAUGCGCAGCUCAUCAUUGACUGCGCAUCCCAAGCACCUUACGGUCAUAACGAGCAGACCAUCGUCAAUACCGAGGUCCGCGACACAUGGGAAAUCGACCAGGGAUCCAUCAAAUUUGAAAAUCCGCUGUGGGAUAUCUUUGUGAAACAGACUGUUGUACCGACUGUCUCCCAGAGCCUUGGAACACCCUCUGCGAAUGUUCGCUGUGAUUUAUACAAGCUCCUGUUGUAUCAGGAAGGCUCGCAUUUUCAUAAACAUCAGGACACCGCAAAAGUCCCAGGAAUGUUCGGCACCAUCAUCAUCAUUCUCCCGUCCUCGUAUAAGGGUGGCGAGGUUCAUGUAUCCCACUCAGGGUCGUCCCAAGUAUUCGACUUUUCUGAACAGUCUUUAGUUUCCACGGCAGUUCUUGCCUGGUAUACAGACGUCUUCCAUGAAGUCAAGCCUGUCAAAUCAGGCUAUCGCUUGGCGCUCUCGUACAACCUUGUUCAAACCGUACCUACGGCACCUCUUCCAUCCCUACCCAAUAUGCAUACAGCUGUACAUCGACUACGAAGAGUCCUCCAGAAAUGGAGAAAGGACCGCUUCCAGUCUGAUCCUCUAGAUCUUGUCGCAUACAUCUUAAGCCAUGAGUACAGUGCAGCCGAGUUGCGAAUUGGUGCAAUGGCUUUGAAAGGACAGGACGCUCAUAAAGCGGCUCAUUUGCAAAGUGUGGCCAAGGACUUGGACUACGUAGUGUGCCUCGGCAGCUUGUCGUAUCGGCAAAGCGGUCAGGCCGAGGAUAUGGGAUUCCACUCAAGCUAUGGUUGGAAGCGAAGGCGGUACGACCCUUAUGACGAGUCGGAAGACGAAAGUUCUUAUCGUAUGGGCGAGGAUUAUGAGACAUUUCUUACAGUGGAUAACAUCGUCGAUAUGAAGGGCAACCACUUACUCGCAUCUGGAAAGGCAUCUCUGGAAUUGAGCGACGAUAGUCUAGUCCCUCAAGAUCCCUUCGAUGGCGAAGAUCCUGACGAUGAAGAAUACGAAGGUUAUAUGGGAAAUUACGGUGGAACCCUGGAUCACUUUUACCGAAGAACGGUAUUGAUGCUCGUGCAUGAAGAUGACUCCCCAAGAGUAUUCUUUUCAGCGGCCGGUGGCAUAAAUUAUGGCCUUCAACGUCUUAAAAACGCUGGAUCUGAAGUACCGACAGCUGACGACUUGAAGAUUGCAAAUUUGGUUAUCGAUCGGCUGAAUAUCCAGAACAAACAGUCUGCGUUAUCCAUGUCUGAAUUCGCUAUCAAGUGGAAAAACCUUGAAAUAUGGAAGCGCAUCGUGAAAGCAACGGCCUUCGAUCUAACAGCUUACGGCCUUGAUAGAAUAGUCACUGCUUGGCGGACAUUUACGUUCGAAGGUGUACGUCCUGUUCUGGAAAAAAUGGUCGCUAAGACAUCCAAAUUGAAGAUAGCACAUGAUUUCCUCAAGGGCAUCAGUGAAGCGGCCACCGACGACGAGCUAAUCGUCAGAGAGUGGAGUCGACUGCAGUUGUCCCAAGCGCUGCUGACUCUUACGACUCCGGAUUCUGAGGAUGUACCCAUCUUGAUAUCGGUCAUCAAGGAGAAAGGUACAGCUUGGUUUUCUGAAACAAUCAUGCCUCGUCUCGCCAAGAGCCCCUCUCUCUAUUCUUUUUGGAUCGCUUUCGUUAAUUCGCUCCAUACGAAUAGAGACACGAUACAAGAAACUAUCGCUGAUUCUUCAACUCCCAAGCCUGCCCUCCUAGUCCAGUGCCUUGACAACGUUCUGAACCUAUGGGAAUCUGUCGUCGCUGUACCCAAUCUUCGCCCUUAUUACUACACAGGACCUCCUCCUGUAGCGCCCCAGCAACCGAUGGUCACCCGAAUCAUACAACUAGUUGAUUUGUGUAUUUCCACUGACCACACAGAGAUGUGCAAGACCCUCUUCGUAACCAUUCUUAAACGCAAGCCUCCGAGCCAUGCCAACUUCCAAGCUUUAUACACGCCUCUCAUCCCCGAACUUCGGCAAUUAUUGCAGAAGAAAAAGAUCGACAUUUGCGCUCCCCCUUUCGCUGAUAUCAUGCAGAUAUUUAUUGGCUCUUACCUCCACGAUGUAUUGGGAGCCAAGCCCCGCGCUGUCAACAUACGACGGCUGGGCUGCGGUUGUGCUGAAUGUGGCAUGCUCAAUACGUUCCUCAAAAACACCUCCGCCGAGACUACUCUCCGAUUUCUUCAAGCGAAGAGAAAUCACAUUGAGGGAUUUCUUCGAGGAGCUACUGAUCUGGUGACAUAUGAGACCGUGCGCUCGGGUCGCCCGCAGGGACUUUUGGUGAGGAAACGACCAGACGUGCUUGCUUCGCUACAAUGGUCCGCGCGGCAGGCGGACGUGAGGACGUUUUUGAACAUGAUUGGAGAUGACGAUGUUAUUUCGAAACUGGUUGGACGGCGGUAUGCGGAUGUGUUAAGGGCUCUUGAGGGCAUGAAGCAGUUUACCUUGCCUAUGCAUCCUGCUCCAGGUCCGCCACCAAUAGAGGUAGAUGCGCCAUCGCAAGAUGCAGCGACGUCUGUGUCUGUACAUUCAGUCGUCGCAGGUACCAAGAGGAAGCAGCCUCGAAAGCCGAUGGUCAUUACUGGGCCUGUCAUCGACUUGACAGAGGAUUGAAUGUCCGUAUAUGCUUGAUACACUAUGCUUCACUUGAUACUUUUAUGCCGUCCUUUCACUAUUUAAGUGUGCUUAUACUUCGUGUAAACUGUAAUGUAGCCACUGUAAUCAUCCUGUGCAUACAUGUAGCGAAUGCAAUAAUAAUGAUAAACUAGAACAGAUAGACGCCGAUCCACUGGAACAGUAUCCGUCGCAGCGUAAUGAUACAUACGUCCCUCAGUGAGU